UCGCCUGACCCCGCCCCCUCCUGCUCUGCGCCUGCGCAGCCCCCCGCCACUCGCCUGCCUGCUCGGGCUCUUGCACACUCGGGCAGCGCCAUGAGCCAGCUCAGCCCCUCCCCCCCCGGGGCCCCGCCCAGCCCCGCCCCCGACAUCUCCUGCGACAUCCAGUGCUGGUCGGACGAGGACUGGAGCCCGCCCCGUGCAACGCACGAGCAGGGUGCAAGAGGCAGUGGCGAGGAUGCAGAAACAGGGCCCUCGCACAACGAUGCCAGUGGGUGGGGCUUGCACCACAGCAACGACAACCCUUCGUCACCCCCGGCCUUGCACGUGGGUCACGGAGAGCUGGGGUGUGACGCUGCCUCACACGAGGGCCACAACAGUCAGCUCGCUUUCCACACCUCCUCGCACGAAGGCAGACAGUGCCCCGGCUUGCACAGCGAGUGCUGCCCGCUCGCUUUCCGCACCCCCUCGCACGAGGGCAUCCCCCAGCUGGCUGUCCAUGCUGCCUCGUACAAGGAAAAUAACCAACCAAGUCCCGGCAGUGCCUCGCCCGAGGACGAUGACCUACCUCCCCACCACACCUCGCACAAGGACAGCGACGAGCUGGUUUUCCCCGGCGCCUUGCACAAGGGCCGAACUAAGCUGGAUUUCUACGAUGCUUCGCACGAGGACCUGCCACUGGAGUACUACACUACCUUGCAGGAGGACCGCAGUAGCAAGCUGGCUUUUCACAAUGCUUCACAGGAGGGCCACAACCAGCUGGAUAUCGACCCUGCCUCGCACAAGGGAGAUGCAUUGGAGUUCCCUGCUGCCUCGCACGAGGACAAGCUGCAUUUCCCCACCUUGCACGAGGGCCUAGCACCGGAUUUUCCCGCCGCCGCCGCCUUGCAUGAGGGCCCAGCCCGCUUCCCACCGCCGCCCCCCUCCCGCCCGCACCAGUGUGGAGAGUGCGGGAAAGCCUUUGCGGCGGCCUCCACGCUGGCACAGCAUGCCCGCACGCACACGGGCGAGAGGCCCUACGUGUGUGGGGCCUGCGGGCGCCGCUUCGCCCGGGGCUCCACCUUCCUGCAGCACCAGCGUGUGCACACGGGCGAGCGGCCAUACCCGUGCGCCGACUGUGGCAAGCGCUUCUCCCGUGCCUCCAACCUGGCGCAGCACCGGCGCGUGCACACAGGUGAGCGGCCCUACGCCUGCGCCGACUGCGGGCGCCGCUUUGGCCUCAGCUCCACCCUCCUGCAGCACCAGGUCACGCACACAGGCGAGCGCCCGUACCCGUGUGCAGACUGCGGCAAGGCCUUCAACCGCCGCUCCAACCUGGCCAACCAUCGGCGCGUGCACACUGGCGAGCGCCCCUUUGCCUGCGCCGACUGUGGCAAGCGCUUUGCCGAGAGCUCCACCCGGGCGCAGCACCGGCGCACGCACACAGGUGAGCGGCCCUACCCGUGUGGCGCCUGUGGCAAGCGUUUUGGCCUCAGCUCCACCCUGCUCCAGCACCAAGCCACACACGCCGGCGACCGGCCCUACCCGUGCGAGGAUUGUGGGCGCCGCUUCCGCCUUGGCUCCGCCCUCCGGCGCCACCGCCGAGCCGGGGCCUGCCGCCGGGCAGGGACCCCGGGACAGGGCACGCCAUGUGGGGGCUGCCGGGCGCCAGGGACCCCCUCUUGCCAGGCCUGCAAAGCGCAAGGGACCCCAUGUGAGGGCUGUAGGGUGCUAAGGGAGGAAGCAGGGACCCCCACAUGCGAGGCAUGCAAGGCACUAGGUGCCCUGUGCGAGGGCUGCAGGGCAAUGGGGGAGGGAGCGGGGCCCCCGUCAUGUGAGGCGUGUGAGGAACAAGGUGCCCCAUGCAAGAGCUGCAGGGCGCAGGGUGGCACCCAAGCACCCUUGUGCAAAGAAUCGAGCGAGGCACAAGAUGCUCCAUGUGGCAGCUGCAGAGGAGCAGGGACCCCCUCUUGCAAGGUGUGCAAGGCCCAGGGUGCCCCAUGUGAGGCCUGCAGGGAACUGGGUGAGGAGCCGGGGCCCUCCUCGUGUGAGGCGUGCAAGACACAAGGCACCCCAUGUGAGGCCUGUAGGGCCCGGGGGCCCCCAUGUGAGGCAGCGGUGCCCACCUACAUCUGCGGUGAGUGCGGGCGGGGCUUCCGCCAGCGGGCGCACCUAGCGGCGCACGGGCGGGCGCAUGCAGGGGACCGGCCCUUCGCAUGCGGGGCAUGCGGGCGGGCCUUCGCUCAGCGCUCCAAGCUGCGAGCGCACGCCCGCACGCACACAGGCGAGCGGCCCUACCCGUGCGAGGCCUGCGGGCGCCGCUUUGGCCACGCCUCGGCCCUGGCCCAGCACCGGCGCACGCACACAGGUGAGCGGCCCUACCCCUGCACCGACUGCGGCAAGCGCUUCGCCCAGAGCUCAGCGCUGGCCCAGCACCGGCGCACGCACACGGGUGAGCGCCCCUACCCCUGCGGCGACUGCCCCCUGCGCUUCCGGUACCGCCUCCAGCGCACCCGCCACCGCCGCGCCCAGCACGCUGCCAGCCCAGGGGGCUCUGGGAUGGCUCCCAGUCCGGGGGUUUCAGCAGUUGGAGAUGGCGGCUCUCAGACGUCUGUGGCUUCAGGAGUCUCUGCGGCCAUAGAUGGGGUCCCCGAGAACUCCAUGGCCCGGGGGGUCUCUGUGGCAGUAGAUGGGGUCUCCGAGAUGUCCGUGGCUCGGGAGGUCCCUCUGGCCAUGGAUGGGGUUUCCCAGAAGUCCGUGGCCCGGGGGGUCUCCGUGGCAAUAGACGGGGUCUCUGGCAUGUCCCUAAAUCCAGGGAUUUUGCUGGAUGGAGACGGGGUCUCUAAGACAUCCGUGGCCCGGGGAUCUCCUCCUCCCGGCGGGCAGAGCGGCGGCGCGAGACGGAAGUGGGGGGGCUGGGGGGCACACAAAAGGCACUUCCUGUCGCACGGCGCCGGCUGCCUCGCGGCGGGGCCGGGCGGGAGGGGGGCGGGGCGGGGCGGGGGGGGCAGCCCGGCCCGGGGCCCCCCAGCAGCCCCCGGCCCCCCCCCGCCGGGCGGGGGGGGGGCAGGAGGAGCCGGGGGGGAGGGGGCAGCAAGCCACGGCGCAGCCCCGGGGGCGGCAGCCAUGGAGGAGUGGGGGCUGCUGGACGCGCGGCAGCGGGCGCUCUGCCACCACGUCAUCCAGGAGAACUACGGCGACGCCAUCGCCCUCGGCUUCUCGGUGCCCGAGCCGGCCGGUAUCUCCCAGCUGGAGCGCGGGGACGCGGCCUGCGGCCUGGACCUGCCCCAUGGCGACCGCCCCCCUGGGCCCCGCGCUGGCGACACCGACACUGCCCCUCCCCCAGCCAGCCCGGCCUCGCCCCCCUCCUCCCCCCCGCCCCCCUCCUGGCCUGACCCCCGCUCCCCCCCUCCAUGCCGCCGGCGCGGCCGUGGCCGGGGUCGUGGCCGGGGCCGUGCCCGCUGCCCCCGCCCAGUGCCCGCCGUGCCCCGCACCUCCCCACGCCACUUCGACUGCAGCGACUGCGGGAAGCGCUUCACCCUCAGCUCUCACCUCAUCCGGCACCAGCGCGUCCACACCGGGGAGCGCCCCUUCCAAUGCCGCCAGUGUGGGAAGGGCUUCUCCCAGCGCUCCGACCUGGGCCGCCACCUCCGGGUGCACACGGGCGAGCGCCUCUACCGCUGCACCCAGUGCCCCAAGGCCUUCGCCGAGAGCUCCCACCUGCUGCGGCACCGCGUGGUGCACUCGGGCGAGCGCCCCUUCCAGUGCCGGGUCUGCGGCAAGAGCUACGGCGACAGCUCCUACCUGGCCGUACACCAGCGCGCCCACACUGGCGCCCGCCCUUACCGCUGCCUGCGCUGUGGCAAGGCCUUCGGCCGCAGCUCCACCCUCGUCCGCCACCAGCGCGUCCAUGCCGCCGAGGCCGAGGCCCCCGCACCGCCCCCCGCUGCUGCCGCUGGUGAUGAGGAGGAGGAAGAGGAGGAGGAGGAGCUGGCCAGCCGGCACCUGCGCAUCGUGGGCUGGCAGUGGGGGGUGGAGUGACGGGGGGCGGGAGGGGGCCACGGGUUGGUUGGAAAAGGGGUGGAGAGGGUGGGAGGGGGCCCUGGUUGGCUGGGUGGCGUGGCGGCGGCAGCGGGCUGGGGGGGGGUGGGCAUGGAUGGGCUGGUUGCCAUGGUGUUUGGUAGGGAACGGAGGGUUGGGUUGGUCGUCAUGGUGAUUGGUAAGGGACAGUUGGGUUAGUUGCCAUGGUGUCAGGUUGGUAGAAAAGGGAUGGUUGGUUUGGUUGCCAUGGCAGCAGGUUGGCAGGGAUGGGACGGUUGGGUUGGUUGCCAUGGUGACUGGAAGGGAAUGGAUGGUUGAGUUGAUUGCCACAGGGGUUGGCUGUCAAAGAGGGGUGGAUGGGUUGGUUGCCAUGGCAGCAGGUUGGUAGGGAUAGAUAGGUUGGUUGCCAUGGCAGUGAUGGUUCCAUUGGCUGUUGUGUUUCAGUGGUUGGGCGCCACAAUGAGUUAUGGUGAUUGACCAAGAUGGAUGGAUGGAUGGGCUGGUUGCCAUGGCGAUUGGUUGCCAAGGACAGAAUGGUUGGGUUGAGUGCCCAAUGAUGGUUGCUAGGGAACGGAUGGGCCAGUUGGUUGCCAUGGCAGUUGGUUGCUAGGGAAAGGCCAGAUGGGAUGGAUCAUGUGGCGGUUGAUAGGGGAGGGGUAGGCGGGUUGGUUGCUAUAACACCUGGUUACUAGGGAAGGGAUGGCCCUGUGGGUUGUCAGGGUACCUGGUUGUCAUGGCAGUUUGGUUGCUAGGGAGACAACUGGUGCUGGCAGGUGGUUCCUACGGAAGGGCUUGGCAGGUGGUGUGCUGCAGCGAUUGGUUGCCAGGGGAAGGGGGGGGGGUCCAGUUAUCAUCACCAUGGCAGCCAGUUGGUUAGGGCAGCUGGUGACAGGGUUGCCAUGGUGGUUUGGUUGCUAGGGGAGGGGAUUGACAACUGAAAGGGAGAAGGGCGGGGGGUCACUCACCUGCCUGUCUAUUGGUCACCUUGGGCAGGUGGGGCUUGAUUAGAGGCCUAGUUCCCACGGCGACUGGUCUCCAGGCUCCCACCUGAUUGGAUGACAGGUCACUCAAGGGAGGGGUGUGUGCUGACAGGGUUGGUGGUCACUAGGCAACCAAUGGAUGGUCAACAGGCCUUAUGGGUGUGGGGGCAGGGGGGGCAGGCUGGUUACUGGUCAGGGGUGGGGGGGGUUAACAGGUUGCUAGGCAACGAAGACUGGCAGUGGGUGGCAGGGGUGUCACUGAGGUACAGCUGCUUUGGCUAUUGGUUGCCAGGGUCAAGAGGUUACCGGGCUGUCUCCAGGCAACCCAUGGAGCCUAUGGGCUGGGGGUAAGGCGAGUGGGGAGGGAGCACCACUGACUCCUCCGUUGCCUUAGCAAUGGGCCCAUGCCAAGCUUCCUGGCCUAGUUCCACUGCAGGGGGCGGAGCCAGGCCAGGCCCCGCCCCCACUCACGGGAAUUAACCCUGACCCUUCUUGGGAGUGGGGGGAGCCGCCCCCCAGACCCUUCCAGCGUGUUUAUUAUUAUUAUUAUUAUUAUUAAUUAUUGUUAAUUAAUUAUUAAUUAAUAAAAGAAAAAACCUGA